UCACCAUGGAAGUACCUGAUAACAAUUUGGUUCACCUUAAUGAAUGGCAGAAGGAUGUGUUUGCUUUGACCACUGGUACCUGUUCAUCAAGACAGAAGGCAGAUGUGUAUCGUGCGCAUAUUGAAAAGAUUCAGUAUGCAUGGGCAAAUUCUGAGAUCUCUGAGGCAUCAGCUAUCAACCUGUUUAAGAAGUAUACUGAAAAGUGUUCUGCAAUUAUCGACUCAGACAAUGUAGAAACUGGCCUCAAUAACUAUGCAGGUAGUGUUUUACCUCUGUCAAGAUGUCAGCGAAAUGAUAGUGACAAGUGGCAGUCUUCACUAAAUACCAAAAACAUUUUUAAAUUUAAGAGUAUACAGGACAUGACUGAGUCUGCAAGAAAACUCCAGGAUUCUUUGCUGACUUUAGCAGAUUCCUCCAUUAAGUUUGAUAAUGGGGUCAGUAACUCUGGAAAUUCAGUGGUUCUAAGUAGUAACGUCUUAAACUGCUCUGGGGGAACAGAACCACAAGCUGCCUUAUUAAAAUAUCAGAUUCCAGAGGGUAACUUUGUUCAGAACACUAAAUUAUUAAGUUUUAUAAAAGAGACAGAUUAUACUGCUACAAAUGCCAUGGAAGCCAGCAAGCGCAGUAUCACAGCUCCAUUAUUUGGCAACAAUAAAACAGAAAUUUCUUCAAAGUUAUCUCCACACUUUGGUUCAGAUUUUGCAUCUUCUAACUUGUCUGUUGGACAUUUAAAUUCUGGAAAAAGAAAAGUAUUUUAUUGUUCAGGGGAUGAACAAGUGGAUACACAAUACUUAAAUAUAGCACCAAAACAACCAGUACAUGGACAAGGAGACAUUAAUCACAUUCUGACAGAUGAAAGUGGAUUUAAAACUGCUAAAGAACAGUUUUGGGUUGAUCAGCAGAAAAAACAUGCCCUGCCUCAGCGUAAUGCAGGUACUAGUGUGUACUGCAGUGGGAAACGGUCUUUGGGAGCUGCCCGUGCUCGUGGACCUCAUAGAAAAUUUGUUCUUCCUAUUCAAAAAGAUAGUGGGGAUGAGAACCAAACUAUAAAGAGGAAAGCAUAUGGCUCAAAUAAUAGUAACUUGAAUGUACCUUCUGAUGAGCGCUUAAAAAACAUAGAGCCAAAGAUGAUUGAAUUGAUAAUGAGUGAAAUUAUGGAUCAUGGUCCUCCUCUAUGCUGGGAUGACAUUGCUGGGCUCGAGUUUGCAAAAAAUACUAUAAAGGAAAUAGUUGUGUGGCCAAUGUUAAGACCUGACAUAUUCACUGGUCUCAGAGGUCCACCUAAAGGAAUCCUCCUUUUUGGUCCUCCAGGGACGGGAAAAACUCUAAUAGGAAAAUGCAUUGCUUGUCAAUCAGGAGCAACAUUUUUUAGUAUAAGUGCAUCAUCACUGACUUCUAAGUGGGUAGGUGAAGGAGAAAAAAUGGUCCGUGCUCUUUUUACAGUGGCAAGAUGCCAUCAGCCUGCUGUGAUAUUCAUAGAUGAAAUUGACUCUCUUUUAUCUCAGCGUGGAGACGGAGAACAUGAGUCUUCACGACGAAUUAAAACUGAGUUUUUGGUGCAACUAGAUGGUGCAACUACAUCUUCAGAAGACCGUAUCCUUGUAGUGGGAGCUACUAACCGGCCUCAAGAAAUAGAUGAAGCAGCUCGAAGAAGACUUGUUAAAAGACUUUAUAUUCCUUUACCAGAAGAUUCUGCUAGAAAGCAAAUUGUUGUCAGUUUAAUGUCACAGGAACGUAGUAGCCUCACAGAUCAAGAGGUGGAUGCUAUAGUUUCACAAUCUCAUGGCUUCUCUGGUGCUGAUAUGACACAGCUUUGUCGAGAAGCAGCUCUUGGUCCUAUACGUAGCAUUCAAAUUAGGGAUAUUUCAACAAUAACUUCAGAGCAAGUCCGCCCUAUUGUAUAUAUUGAUUUCCAAAAUGCUUUACAGACAGUGCGCCCUAGUGUCUCACAGAAUGAUUUAGAGGUGUAUAAGAAUUGGAACAAAACUUUCGGUUGUGGCAAGUAAAAUUAUUUGGAUUGAAUUUAACCAAGUACUCCAAAAGUUCGUACAACUUUUCACUAAAGGAUCUAAAGAGGGCAGAGUGUUUA